AUGACGACGAGCAUCAGAACCUUCCGAGGAGUGUGCAAGAAAAUCGACCACUUCCCCGAGGAUGCAGACUACGAGCAAGACACGGCCGAGUACCUGCUCCGUGCAGUGAGAGCAUCCAGCAUCUUCCCCAUCCUCAGCGUGGGGCUGCUGUUCUUCGGGGGCCUGUGCGUGGCCGCCAGCGAGUUCUACAAGAGCAAACACAACGUCAUCCUCAGCGCUGGCAUCUUCUUCGUCUCUGCAGGUCUCAGCAACAUCAUCGGGAUCAUAGUGUACAUCUCGGCCAACGCGGGGGACCCGGGGCAGAGCGACUCCAAGAAGAGCUACUCCUACGGCUGGUCCUUCUACUUCGGGGCGCUGUCGUUCAUCAUCGCCGAGAUGGUGGGCGUGAUCGCCGUGCACAUGUACAUCGAGAAGCACCGCCAGAUCCGCGCCAGGUCGCACUCGGAGCUGCUCAAGAGGUCGGCCUUCACCCGCCUGCCGCCCUACAGGUACCGCUUCCGCCGGCGGUCCAGCUCCCGCUCCACCGAGCCCCGCUCCCGGGACAUGUCGCCCAUCAGCAAAGGGUUCAGCACCAUCCCCUCCACCGACAUCUCCAUGUUCACCCUCUCCAGGGAUCCCUCCAAGGUCACCAUGGGGACGCUGCUCAACUCGGAGCGGGACCACGGUUUUUUACAGGUCCACAACUCCAUCCCCAAAGAGUUCAAGGAGUCUUUGCACAACAACCCGGCCAACAGACGAACCACGCCGGUCUGAGGCGGGCUGGGCCGUGGGCAGGCUGCAUGGCAUCACCCUCGUGACGGUGUAACCUGUGAAAUCCCGUUUUUAAGGACAAACCCGGAGGCUCCCCGUGCCCCUGCCCGUGGGGCUGGUUUUUCACUCCUGAAAUGCCACUGGCCGGGCCGGGCCGCGGCACCUGCAGUGGGAGCGGGACCCCCGAGGGGAGGGGACGGGGCCGCGCUGGGACCCCGGCCCUGGUGUCCCACAGACUGAGCGGGCUCCAGCCCCCGGGACAGCGGCUUCCCGAGGUCUCCAUCGUUCGUGUGAUCAUAACCGCAGUGUUCCCAUAGCUGUGUGUCCAUGGAAAUGCUGGCGAUAGCCCUGUCCGUGAGAACCCUUACCCGGUAUUACCUUUCGGUGGAAUCGCCUGGAAGGCCGCAGCUGGAAGCACUGAGCUAGUGCCGGAGCGAUGCUUGUGUUCCGAACCCCCUUCCCUGUCGUGCUGGAUGGAGUGCUCGGGCUGGGUUCCUCUAUGGCGUUUCGUGCAUGCAUUAAAUAGCUUGGAAUUCAAUUUUGUCAUGUCGGGUUGGAAGAAACAUCCUUUUGCAAUUUUCUGUGGUCUCGAAAGGGCUUAUUUCCUUCCCUUCCUUCCCUUCCUUCCCUUCCUUCCCUCCCAUGAAAGGACUCAGGAGCAGAAUUACUCCAGUGACUGGUAGCAAGUAUCCAGCGUUUAAUUCACCUCUAAUGUUGCAAGCAAACGAAUUACUUCCCUGCAGUUGGUACACACGCAGUCAGAGAUGACUGGCUGGGCACAGCCGAGGGGCAACGCGCUACCGUGGUGCUGCGGGAGCGGCUGCAGCCGCGCGCGGAUGGGGUGUGAUUCCCGAAUGGCUGGGAGAUCCAUGAGAAAAACAAUAAAAUUGUCCAGUUUGGCAAGUUC